GCCGAGAGACAUUGGCGUCGGCGAAAACGUUAGCAUAGAAAACAAAUUCAAUCAUUUUUGUUCGAAAUCAGCAAAGGUACAAUGGUGCUACGGACUGGAAGUGAAGUGGAGGACGAUCUAUCAUCCGAUGGAGGUGGUCAAAGUCGCAAUAUUUCUCCCAAUGGCUACCGAUCUCGCGAUGGCCGUAACCAACAGAACGCUGAAGAUCUGGUGCGUUACUUCAUGGAACGGGCAACUUUAUACUUCAAUUUGAUUUCAACAAUAGCAAACGACUUGAUGGCGCGGUAUCGUGUGAAAGAGAUAGCUACCGCCAUAUGCGACGGACUACGAAAAUAUCCCCUGCUGGCACUGUCCAUAGCGGCGAUCAUCUUUAUCCUGUCGCUUCCGUUUAUGAUAUUCAUCUUCUUCACACUGGCUACGGCAAUCAUGACCUUUACCGGAUUUGUGCUCAUCGAAGGGACGUUGAUCACUGUGGCAUCGAUGCUGUUGAUCGGAGUGCUGAUCGGUGUCGGUUGUCUGCUCGGCUCGAUCGGAUUGGUUUUCCUCGUGGGAUAUUUCGGCAUUUCCAAGGCGUACGAUUGCUUCGACCGAUGGAGCGAUCAGGGAAUCCGGAAUCUGGGAACGCGCACACGGGAACGGAAUGCGGAUUGAUUUCCGUCAAUGGUUAUGAUGUAUUUUUGUUUUUAACGGUUAAAGUAGGAUAUUUGGCUCUCUUUGCUACAAAACGCUCUAUGUAUUUGGGUUGAGUUUUGGAGCUACUUAGUAUUAUUUUGUAAAGGGCACAGUAUUAUAUUAUGAUUGUGAGUUAU